CUAAUAAAUUAAUUUCCUUCCAUUAUAUAUGUAAAUUUGCUCUCUUAGAUAUCUAUCUAUCUAUCUCCACCUGCACCUAUCCUAGUUUUCUGAUCUGUCUUUUCCUUUGCCAUUUUCUUCUCUUCAAGCUAACAUUUCCAUCUGAGUCUUGUUCAUACUUACACUAAAUUGAAUUCACAUUUAUAUGGGACAAUUGUUGUUGUUAUCCCAGAGCCAGGAUUGUAUUUAAGGAUAAAAAAGAAUUGUAAGUCAUGUCUAGUUAUGCUGGAAAAGGUUACUCUGAAGCUUCAUCCCAGCAAAGCACUGGUGUUGAAGCUUCAUCUCAUUUGAAUCUUUAUCAAGCUUUCAUCUUUUCAAUACCUGUUUUCUUUGCUUUCUUACUUUUGGUAUUUUUCUACAUAUUUUAUCUUCGUCGUCGAAGGGUUGACUGGUCUUCUUUAAGGAUGAGGAGUCCACAAUUGCCCACCAAUAAUAUGGAAGCUGACGAAUUGUCAAGGUGUGAAUUGGGGCUGAAGAAGGAGGUGAGAGAGAUGCUACCAGUUAUUGUUUUCCACGAGAGCUUCUCUGUCAAAGACACACAGUGUUCAGUGUGCCUAGGUGAUUACCAAGCAGAUGAUAAACUUCAACAGAUACCUGUGUGUGGUCAUAUAUUUCACAUGGAUUGCAUUGAUCACUGGCUAGCCACUCAUAGCACAUGCCCCCUCUGCCGUCAAUCCCUCCUUACUCCACCUAAACCUGAAACACCUCAUACUAUGCCAGAAACCAGUGAUACAACAUCACCUCAACAAGUUGGUGAUGAAGCAUCUUGUCCCAAUGGCGACUGCCCCAAAGUAGGCGUAGAGCCCAGAACCACAGAUGGAAGGGUAAUCCAAUCCGAUGAAAGUGAGGGUGACAAUGUUGACCGCGAGAAAGACUCGAGGGAUGAAAAGUCUGAUUCAGUUUGAUAUUUGGUUGUUAAGAGGACAAUCUGCUAUAUGCAGGGUAAUUGUGGUGCAGCCUGAUGUUUUGUGUGUUAAGAGAAGUGGUACAGUGCAGAAUAAAUGUGGUGCAUAUAAGUCUUGGUAGUCUGAAGGUCUAAUCUGGUAGAUCAGAUCUUGUUUUCUGCUCAUGAAGUUUCAACAUUUCUCAGGGUGAACGAGAGGCAAAACAGCUCCUAUGUUUGCUUUUUUCUCUCUGGGGAAAGAAAGAAGCUGAAGCAAAGCCAUCUCUAGUGCAGUACAGAUCAUUUUUUUUUUUUUUUGUGCUCAUGAAGUUUCGACAUUUAUCAGGGAGAACGAGAGGCAAAACAGCUCGUUGUUUGACACGUUUUCUCCCUGGGAAAAGAAGAAGCUGAAGCAAAGUCAUCUCUAGUGCAUGUACAGAUCAUAUCUUGUUUUUGUGCUCAUGAAGUUUCGACAUUUCUCAGGAAAAUGAGAGGGCAAAACAGCUCUGAAGGUUUGGCCAUUUUGCAUCUCUCCUGGAAAAGAAGAAGCUGAAGCAAAGCUUAGUCAUUCUUUGAUGCAUGUUUAUUCCAAUGUUAGAAAUUUCCGUAGAGUUGAACCAUGUAAUAUUGUUGUGUUAUGGAAUGUGAAUUGAAGGA